CGACGGCCGACAUGGACAUCGCCAUCCAGCACCCCUGGUUCAAGCGUGCCCUGGGCCCCUUCUACCCCAGCCGGCUGUUCGACCAGUUCUUCGGGGAGGGCCUGUUUGAGUAUGACCUGCUGCCCUUCCUGUCGUCCACCAUCAGCCCCUACUACCGCCAGUCCCUCUUCCGCACCGUGCUGGACUCCGGCAUCUCUGAGGUCCGAUCCGACCGGGACAAGUUUGUCAUCUUUCUGGACGUGAAGCACUUCUCUCCCGAGGACCUGACGGUGAAGGUGCUGGAGGACUUCGUGGAGAUCCACGGCAAGCACAACGAGAGGCAGGAUGACCAUGGCUAUAUCUCCCGCGAGUUCCACCGCCGCUACCGCCUGCCUUCCAACGUGGACCAGUCCGCGCUCUCCUGCUCCCUGUCGGCGGACGGCAUGCUGACCUUCUCUGGCCCCAAGAUCCCGUCCGGUGUGGACGCCGGCCACAGCGAGCGGGCCAUCCCGGUGUCGCGGGAGGAGAAGCCCAGCUCUGCACCCUCGUCCUGAGCGCGGCCUCAGCCUCGGCUGCCACCCACUGCGGCCCCCGCGGCCCGUCCACCUGGGCCUAGGCAGGGGCGUUGGUCUCCCCUGCUUUCCUCUUUUUCGUCUCCUUCUCCUCUUCUCCCAGGGAAUGCAGGUUUGAGAGAGUAGUCGGGGGGGCUUGGGGCCUUGGCCUGCGGUGCUGAGACCUCAGAGUGACCCGGACCCCAACCCCGGCCGGCUGGUGGAAGUGACC